UUUACUUACUGCCUCGACGACAAGUGAUGACGUAUGGGUGUUGUCCCGUUUGGCGGACGGCGGAGACGAGCCAAACACAACUGUUUGUAAUUUAGUCAGUACUCUCGAAAACGAGGGUUAGGAUAAAUAACAAUGACAAACAAGACUCCGCGACACGCCUUUUCUUGUUUAAUGCUAAUAAUGCUAAUAGAAGAAGUUCGGCGCUGGCUAGCUUAGCAAGCUAAUGCUCUAAACCAGGAAGGCUAAUUAUGUUCGUCGCUCAUGGCUCUGUCCGGGCAGUAAGCGUAUUUUUGUUGUUUUAUGGAGGCAGGUAACUAUUGCUUCAUGUGUUUAAAACCGGAGCUUUUGUGGGGAUUAUUCCGGAACGACCGUAGUAGUUACUUAGCAUGCUAGUUAGCCACAAUCUUUGGAAGAAUGAGUAGAAAACGCAAACAAUUUAAAGGAGCCGAAGUCAGCUGCUGCGUGAAAUACUUCCUCUUCGGAUUCAAUAUUAUAUUCUGGUUACUGGGAGCAGCAUUCCUUGCCAUAGGCCUGUGGGCAUGGGCGGAGAAGGGUGUGCUGUCCAAUCUGUCAUCCAUCACUGAUCUUGGAGGUUUUGACCCGGUUUGGCUCUUCAUUGUCGUCGGAGGGGUUAUGUUCAUCCUGGGCUUUGCUGGCUGCAUCGGCGCACUCAGAGAAAACACGGUCCUACUUAAAUUUUUCUCUGUAUUCCUGGGUUUGAUCUUCUUCUUGGAGCUCACCGCGGGAAUCCUUGCCUUCGUUUUUAAGGAUUGGAUCAAAGACCAGCUCAACUUCUUCAUCAACAACAAUGUCAAGGCUUACCGCGAUGACAUCGACUUGCAGAACCUCAUUGACUUUGCCCAGGAAUAUUGGUCGUGUUGCGGCGCUCACGGGCCCAACGACUGGAACUUGAACAUGUACUUCAACUGCACUGACCAGAACCCCAGCAGGGAGCGCUGUGGUGUCCCUUUCUCCUGCUGCGUCAAAGACCCUGCGGAGGACGUCAUCAACACACAGUGUGGUUAUGAUGUUCGACGUGAUGGGGACCUGGAUCGGCAAAAAAACAUCUACACCAAAGGCUGCGUGGGACAGUUUGAAAAGUGGCUGCAGGGCAACCUUAUCAUUGUCGCUGGAAUCUUUGUUGGUAUUGCACUUUUACAGAUUUUUGGCAUCUGCCUUGCUCAAAACCUGGUCAGCGACAUCAAAGCAGUCAAGGCUAACUGGUGACCGUGAAGGUGGAGAUGCCUCCAGCACUUCAAGGUGCUCCUCCUGUCUGGUGCAACUGAGGACAGACAGCAAUAACGUGUCCUCCGAACUGAGUAGCACAUCCACAAACACAAACUGCAUUUAGCUCCGUGUUUAGCAAGCUAAUAGUAGCUCAAAAAUAUUUGCAAGUCUUUCAUUUUCCACCUAACUGGGAUUUUGACGCAGAUUGUGUAUGAAGAUGCACACUGCAAUCUUUUUUUUUAUAUAUAUAUUUUUUAACUCAGUUUCAUCAGAUUUUUGACAUCUUCUCGGACAAGUGCGUUUAUGUCAAAUUGUUGCACAAGGACACCUGUCAGCUGGGAGAUUAGAAGCCAUGGGAAGCGACAAAAACAAAAAGACAAAAAAGAACCCCUCCUUUUAGGUCAAGCGUUACAUUGUCAAUUCUCACCGCUCAGCGAGGGGCUCAGCGGCAGACGCACGGAUCCCUCUGUUUGUCAUCUUUUCCAUGGUGACCUCUUCUAACCCUUGAGCACUGACUGGACACGUCUGACACAUCACAUCUUUUCAGGAGAUUUAAAGCCUGAGUCAAACUGUAAAAAGUGCCAUUAAUUUCCAGUGAUUGUCCUUCUGUCCGCAACAAGCCCACAGUACCUCAGGGCCUGGCCGGAACUGUAUCGUCUGUGCCUUUUUUAAACAUUUCUCUUUCCGUCCAUGUCCAGUGAAUUGAAUUGGACAUACUCAAUGCAGAAAAACAUCCACUUAGGAACUGGUAUGAUUGGAUGGUCUGGUUUGCCACCACAGGCUUUAUUUCUCUCAGAGCAUUCCUCAGGAACAUGGGAUUACUUGUUUGGGGCCUUCUACCGCAUUCGUCUUAUGCUUAAAUUCUGUCUUCUGUGUUUUCAAAUAUGUCUGUUAGACAUUUAUUCUUUCUCUCACACACACACACACACACACACACACACACAUAUAUAUAUAUGUAUAGUAAACAGAUUUUAUAUUCCUGCGUUCAUUGUUUCGAGCAGGCUGCAACAGAUUUUCUCUGUUAGUUUGACCAAAUAAUAUCAGUUGGCCACAAGCAAAGAUUCUUGACUUUGAUUUUUUUUAGAUUGAAAGCUAACUUUAGCAUUUCUAGAUAGCCUUAAUGUGAAUUUACCUCUUUUCCUCCAGUUUACACAAGACAGUGAACAUACAGUAGCUGGAACAUCACGUUUAUCCUCCAUGCAGUCGUGUUUAAAAUAGAUUAGGAAUAAAAGAUGUUCCAUUUGAACAUCAUCAGUAUAAUAUGAAUGCUGCUUGAACUUGAAUUAGAUUAUUACGAUGUAGUACAGCAACAGACUCGCUUCAUGGCAUUUGAACAUGUUCUUGGCCUUGGGCUGUUGAAUUAUUCAGAUUGUUUGCACCUCAACUUUUUUUUUUUUUUUUGGACUUCAUGUCUCGUCUCUUGUCUGAAGCUGCUCAUUUGCAGCAUCGUGUCCCCUUGCCAGUCAAGCCGCGUGGCUUCUCAUCAUGGCGGGAUGUUUGCAUCUGCUUGGAAGUUAUGCAGCACACCGUCACAAUGUAGGUGGGAUGCGUUUAACUAUAAGCCAAAUACAACAUGAAAGACGAGCUGCCUUAAUAUUUUGGGAACAGCACAGCAACACUUUUCUGUGGAGUAUGUAAAGAUCUUCACUCCGUAGCUCCAUGUGAUCUCUAGCAGCGGGUACAUGUCACAUGAUGUGCUCGCCCACACAUUGGUGUUUGGAAGCCUGUCAUUCUGAUGUUUUUUUUAUGUUUUUUUUUUUUUAAGGCUUUGUUUGAACAAAACACACAGCAUGUUAUUUUACUUUAAACUUUAUAAAUUCUCACAGCCUCGCUUGGCUGAUGCAUCUACAGUGCAGCGCCACAAUUACGCUGUGCUGAUAAAUGAUUUUCCAUAAGAUGUUUCAGAGCCUUCUAGGUGUCAUCAGUGGGUGAGUGCCUCUAGCAACAUGAGAGAACACAGAUUUGCCUUCAGAGCCAAUUUAGGAUUUGUUGCAGCUUGCACUGCUCACCAAAUAAUGCCGCUUUUGCCUGAUGUGAUGGAGUUUGCUUUUACUAAGUACAGUCAUCCCUCGCUACAUCAUGGUUCAAACAUGGUGCCCUCACUAUAUCGCAUUCAGAAAAUAAUAAAUGAUCACUGUUUAGUGAUUGAAUAUGGCCUCUUAUUAGUCAAAACAAAAGCAUAUAUUAGCAAAUUGUAUGUAUUCCAAGCCCGAACUAAGCAUUAAAAAUGUCUAAAGCCAUUUAGACGAUGUCAUGUGUAGUGUAAUAGCUGUGAUUUUGUGCACCUUUAAGAGGCGGAGCCAGAGAAGUGACGUGUAUGAUGCCAGCUGGCUACUGUAGAGUUGCUGAGUGUUAGCAUGGUUAGCAGUGUGGAGAGUGCCAGUGCCUUGCAUGAGUUGUGGCCGACAGCAGCUCCUGUGUAAAUGUUCACUGCGCCACUGCAGUAGUGUUCUACUGCACUGGCCACUAGGUGUCAGGAAGACACGUCUUUUUUAAGACGUCUUUUUUUUCUAUCAUGUCAACUAUAUUGGGUAAUACAAGUGUAAAAUUGACUAUAGGAGUGUCUACAGAUGUCUAUAGAACUGUAAUAAUAAUGGUAAAAAAUUAGAUAUAUUUAGUUCUUAAACAGGUUUUCUAGUUCAUUUAUAAAUAAGGAGUGCUAUUUCGCUGAAAUUCACUUAUCGCAGUCAGCUCUGGAACCAGGUAACCAUGUGAUACACGAGGGACGACUGUACCACAAACCCCCCCACAACCCAACCCUGCCCCCAAGACACGUUUUGAGCGUGAGGGAAGAUUGAUGUCUGUACUACAGAAAAAUUCUGGGAGAGUUUUUCACUUGUGAUGAAUGUGCCAGAUUUUGACGGUCUGGCGGGAAGCAGAUCGCGGCCGUGGUGUCAUUUUUGCUGCAGGAUGGAUAAUGCCAUAAUAUUAUGUAGGCUUAAAGCUUCUAUCUAUUGUUGUUUAGGACUUGACGUUGUCCCGCUUAUUCAGCCUUUGUAUGCCUUUUAACAAAGGAGGGAGGGAAUUACAGUCAUUCUACUUUGUCCUUUUAUCGUAAAGGCCCUUACGUCAGGAACCAGCUUGAUGAUUUCCCUGCUUUCCCUGUGAGCUUUGCAAACAUUCCCGAGGAGGAGCCUUAUGCAUCCCAUGAAUGUAUAAGUGUGAAUCAGCAUGGACCUGGUGCUCCUGUCACAAGUCGGCUUUAUGCAGAGCAGUGCACAACACAAAUGAGGAAUGUGAAUCGAAAGGUGUCUUCUGUGUUUUCAUUUCUUUUUUCUUCUUUAGUUUUAUGAGCAUGAAGCAAUUCAACAUUCCGUUCUUUGUGUUUUCCAGGCAUGUGGGCUGACCCAUAUUUUAUAUUUUUGUAAAAGAAGCCAUCCCCUCCCACGCUUUAAAAUCUCUUCAGGCAGUUCUGUAGUUAGAAACAGGAGCAUCAUUAUCCACACACGUUUUACCUCACUGGUGGUCAACCGCGGCUGCAUUCAAAGCCAGUGAGAUAGUUUCAUUUGUUAACAGUACUGCGCUUGUUCAGGUCCUAAUGCUGCAUCAGCAGUCACAUAUAAACUCUCUGGGUUGAUCUUGCCGCAAUGUUUUUUCCUUUUAACAGAGAUGUAUCUGAUCAUUUAUCCUUUUGCCUCGCACAAACCACUAUGAAUAUUCUAAACACAGCUCGGGUUAGAUGGCCUGUCAGCGAGUAUGAAACCUGUGGGACAUGGUCUGUUACACUGUAUAUUGUGUUGAAAUGUGCUUCUUUCAUAUAUUAAAGGAUUUAUAUCAUAA